CAGGCGCCUGCACCCCCACCACCUAUGGCAGGCUUUCAACGAACGCCACCACCGGUGGAAGCUGUUGAAGAACCCCUUUACGUCAACGCCAAACAAUAUCAUCGUAUAUUGAAACGACGCGCUGCUAGAGCCAGAUUGGAAGAAUUAAAUAAGGUAGCACGGGCAAGGAAACCGUAUCUGCAUGAAAGCCGCCAUCGACACGCAAUGCGUCGCCCAAGAGGUCCUGGUGGUCGAUUUCUGACCGCCCAAGAGGUUGCAGAAUUGGAAAAGGAGGGCAAGUUGCCGUCGCAACAACCAGAGCAACAUGCAGAUGCUGGCAGAAGUCCAUCAGAGCCUAAGGAGGAAGAGAAGCCGCCUGCACAAAAU